AUGGCCGACCACAUGGAGCUCUCUAUCGAGAGCGGCGGCAGGCCCCCGCCUACACCCCAGAUCAGCCUUGUGGGAUUGUUCCUUGCGUGCAUGGUCGCCGGCGGUGUGCAGUACGGCUGGGCGCUGCAACUCUCCCUCCUCACCCCCUACGUCCAGACAUUGGGAAUACCUCACGCUCUUACUUCAGUUAUGUGGCUCUGUGGUCCUAUUGCUGGAUUAAUUGUGCAACCAUGCGUGGGUCUCUCUAGUGACAAGUGCGGUUCGCCACUAGGGAGGCGGAGACCGUUUAUCCUCUCGGGAUGCAUCGUCAUCUCCAUAUCGGUUAUAAUUGUUGGGUUCUCCUCGGACAUCGGGUACGCACUUGGGGACACGAAGGAUGAUUGCAAAGAUUACACUGGGCCUCGGUACCGUGCGGCUGCCGCCUUCAUUUUGGGCUUUUGGCUGCUCGACUUCUCCAAUAACACAGUGCAAGGUCCAGCACGCGCGUUGAUGGCCGAUUUAUCAGGUAAACAUGGCCCGAGUGCAGCCAACGCGAUCUUCGUCUCUUGGAUGGCUAUCGGAAACAUCCUGGGAUACUCCUCUGGCUCCACCGACAAAUGGCACGAGUGGUUUCCCGCCCUCCAAACAAGAGCUUGCUGCGAAGCUUGCGCGAACCUCAAGGCCGCCUUCUUGGUCGCAGUGAUAUUCCUGGGUUUUUCGACGGCGGUAACAAUGAUCUUUGCAAAAGAGACGCCGUUGGACCCUGAGGUGGCGAAGCAGGGCGAGGGGGAGGCGACGGGCCCGCUGGCUGUAUUCAAGGGCCUAAAGAACCUGCCGGCCGGCAUGCCACAGGUGCUCAUCGUGACCGGCCUCACGUGGCUGUCAUGGUUCCCCUUCAUCCUCUUCGACACCGACUGGAUGGGCCGCGAGAUAUACCAUGGCAGGCCGGACGGGAGCCCGACGGAGAUCGCCGCCUUCCAGGAGGGCGUCCGGCAGGGCGCCUUCGGCCUGCUGCUCAACUCUGUGCUUCUCGGGAUAAGCUCCUUCAUGAUCGAGCCCAUGUGUCGGAAGCUUGGAGCAAGGACCGUGUGGGUCGCUAGUCAGGUCCUCGUGUGCAUCGCAAUGGCGCUGGUGGCCAUCCUCGGCGCAUGGUCGCUCGGCGACUUCGGCGGCAAUGUGCAAGACGCCGCGGCAACGGAAAAGGGCCUGAAGAUAUCAGCCCUCAUCCUUUUCGUCUUCCUCGGCCUUCCCUUUGCAGUUCUAUGCAGUGUUCCGUUCGCCGUGACAGCACAGCUUGCCGCGAGCAAAGGUGGUGGACAAGGACUGUGCACGGGGAUCCUGAACAUCUCCAUCGUGACGCCCCAGAUGAUCGUCGCCAUCGGCGCUGGGCCGUGGGACGAGCUGUUCGGGAAGGGAAACAUCCCGGCGUUCGCCCUCGCCUCUGUGUUCGCCUUCGCCUCCGCCGUCGCCGGAACAAUCAUGUUGCCCAAGAUGUCAAAGAGCAGCUUCCGGUCCGUAAGCAUGGGUGGAGGACACUGAUUGUGUGGUGUUGGUCUAUAACAGGCACCUGAAACUUUUCAUGCGCUCAGUUGAAUCUGCAACCAGCCAUUCCCAUAGUUCGUUUUUUUUCUUUUUGAGCAAACAUUCCCAUAUUUCGUGAUUCGUACGUGGGGUGUGUUUGGGCUGUAGUUCUCUUUUUUGAGAUGUGUUUGGGCUGUAGUUGACUGACGCAACUUUCAUUUUCAGUGGAUUUUGUUCAACGGAAUGGGCCUCAGCCCAUUAGUUUUAGGUUAGUGGGUUAUGCAUUAGCCAGGUAGUAGUGCAUUUGUGAUUUAGUUGAUGCUUGUUGUAGCUUAGGUCAACAUUUCUCUUGUUUUCUUGAUAAAUUCCUCUUCACUUUUAUAGCAAUUGUGAUGGCCGUUUUAGAGUUUUGUGUUCGUUUUGAUUUGUUUUCAUGGUCCAAGU